CGUAGACCCAGGGAACAAAAAAGUCUUUCUUGAAAUUCCGUUAAUUGAAUGAAUUCAUCAAACGCAGGACCCCUCCUUGCAAACAAGAAUCGUUGACUAAAGGUUGCUAGAUUUUUUGCAUCACAGGUCUUUGCCCCUGCCCCAACAUAGAUGUCGUUAUACUAGCGCACUUCUCAGUUUCGUACUAGAAAAGAUGUCAUCGUCGACAAAAGCCAAAGCGAUGAAGAAGAGGCAAGCAUUAGUGUCUACUACUGCGAGCAGUGGUGCAGACUCGACUGAGAGUUCACCUCAAGAACCUGUGGUCGCAAAAGCUAGGAAGAAAAAGAUUGUGAUGAAGAAGAAGAGAGCCGCAUCCGCGGCCGGCGAGGGAAGCUCCUCGAAGAAGCAAAAAACCGACAAGCAAGUAUCAUUGCCGUCUCUGGUCCUCGCUUCAGACUCCCGUAUCCGACUGCUGAAAGUGCCAGAGAAUGAGGAGGCGAACAAAAACUGCGCCUCAAGUUCAGGCGCUUCAAGUUCACCAGGCUCAGGCUCAUCUGCCGUUUAUCCUACCACGUUCGGACCCAACCUAGGUUCUCUCUUCAACAACGCCGCACCCUUUCGACACGUUAUCGUUGACGGUUUCCUUGAUGUGGAGUUCUGCAAGGAGCUCCGCUUAGAAAUGAUCAAUUCCUUGGAGGUGAAGCCCAAAGAAACGGACUUGUUCAAGUUUCAUCAGACACAAGAUCUGGCGUCUUUGCUGGCUGGCUCUUCUGGUGGACAUGUUCUGGCUUCUGCAACUCCUGAAGGCAAGAUCCAGAAAGCAUACCCCUCCUUGCAGAAACUCGCUUCUCUGCUUUACAGUGAAGCGUUUCGCGGCAAACUGGAGGACUAUCUUGGUCUAGACGCCAAGCUCAUAGACCGAGUCGACAUGUCUGCCCAAGCGUACACACAAGGUUGCCAUUUGAUGUGCCACGAUGACGUGAUUUCCACUAGAAAACUGACCUUUGUGCUGUACUUGGAUGAACCUGGAGGUGAUGAAUCCUCAUCAACUCCUCAUGGUCACCCAUCAACAUCUUUGUCCCCCUCCCCAUCAUCUUUGUCUUCGUCCUCGUCAUGGUCACCCGCAUGGGGCGGCGGUAUGGAGUUCUACACUGAGAACGACCCCGCACCAGUUGGCGAAUUGCUUCCUGAUUUCAACACUCUACUUCUCUUCGGAGUGGAACCUGGGAAGAGCUACCACGCGGUUAGGGAAGUAACGCAUGCGGACAAGACUAGAUUGAGCUUGCAAGGCUGGUACCAUGUCGAGAGCAUUGACGACACCUAUUCUUCGGAAAAGAGGGCCGAAAAAGCGACGUUGCAGCAAUUAGUCGGUGGUGGAGGAAACGCAACGAAGAACGCAGUUGCUGAUGCUCAAAAGAACAACGAGAAGGACGCCGACGAAGAAGAUGAAAAAAUGGCUGUUCUUCCAGAAGGAGCAAUAGACCUAGAAGAGGAAGCAGAUUCCGAUGUUCUAGAGGAGGAGGAGGAAGAAGGAAAUUCUAUCUCUAUAGGUGGAGGUAUCAAGAAGAACCUGGAAGAAGAGCCUUCGCAAGAAGAAGAUCUGAGUUCUGAAUCAUCUGAAGACAGCGUCAAUGAAGAAUCCGACAUGCCCAGUCAUUUCUCCUCUUGUCCAGUCCUCACCAAGUGGAUCAAGAAGGAGUACCUUUCUCAGAAAGGUCUUUUUCAGCUGCGUCAACAUUUCAGCGACAAUUCAGAAGUUUUACUCGCUGAUUUCUUGCACACGGAUAGAGCAAUUGCGUUUUUGAAGGCCUUGAGGGAGAUGGAUAGGAAGGAUGGAAUUAAGAAGGAUACAUCUUCUUCUAGUGCUCAAGUAGAUGCUGAGAGUCAAGCAGUAUCGUAUCAGGCUGGUGUCAAAAGCGAUUGGAAAAUGUUAGGACCUGCGUUUUUGCAGAGAUAUCUCGUUUUCGACACUGCUGACAGGGCCAAGACAGCUAAGGCAGAGAAGAACAAGAAGACGAUCAAAGAACAAGUCGAAACUUCUGAUCCCCACUCUUUUCUCGGUCAGAGCUUGAAGCAACUUGUCGAAACUUUGAUGCAGACAGCAGAAUUUCAAGCCUUCUUGAGAGCGAUCGUAGGACUUGAUUUUCUCGACACGAGGACCAAGCCGUCAUCGAUGGACAGCAACAGCGACGAUCUUCGGGACGGAGAUGAGGAAACCGAUGCAGCAAAAAUCCUUCGUCAAUCUCAGCCUCAAAUCCGACGUUUCAGACCUGGAUUGGACUACACAAUCGCAACAGUUCAGAACUGUGUCAGGCGUUGCAAUCUAGUGGAUGUCUGCUAUACGCUUGUGGACGGGGCAAAAGAACUUGUGCAGACUUCCGCAGGAGCGAAAGGAGAAGCGGAUGAAGUAGAAGAUGAAGGUGCAUCAAAUUCAAAAAAGACGAGCAAGAAGAAGAAGAAUAAGAACCUGAAGAUCGAAAAGAAUCAGCAGUCGUCUACUGCAGGUGCAGCCUCCGAAGCACAACUACCAGAGACGGUCCUCCUGGAAUCCGACCACGACAAGCAGUAUCUGUGGGACAGUGAGGAAGUGGGUGGCUUCGAAUCUUACGUUGAGGCAGAUGAUGACGAAACUGACGAAAAAGCUGAAGUCUACAGAGAUGACGAUGAUCAGGAAGGAGAAGACGAGGAGGCAGGUGAACAACAAGGGGAACAAGGAGGUGAUGAACAAAACCAAGUAGAUAAGUCAGGAGGAAAGAACCCAGCCAGUUCAUCUGCAGGACCCCUUCUUAACAUCCCUGCCUUUCACAAUUCACUGUCUAUCGUCCUGCGAGAUGCUAAGACCCUCAGCUUUCUCAAGUUCCUAGCCUCCGCGGCGCCAAGCUCACGAGUAGAUGUCAAGAUGAGUUUGCCGGUUGAGACCACGAAGUGAUACUUGUUUUACUACUGAGAUGAAUAUUCAAUUGACGUAAAUGAUGCUGGCUAUGAUAUGCAAAAAUGCCG